UUUUUUUUUUCUGGGAGAAGAGGGCAUUCGUGAGCUCAAGUCGAAUUAGGGUUUUAAGUUUAGCCCCAAAUUGAAUAAAAACCUUCCCCGUCUUCUCUCGUGCGUAAUAAGCAAUAUCCAGCCAUAAUCCAAGAUUUCAGAAUCAGUUUACAUCCACUAUCGAUUUCAAUUGACUGAGAAAUACCACCUGGUUCGUUAAGCCCUAAUUAAUUCCAAGCCAUGGCUCAGCCCAACAAUACUGCUGGAGUUGACAACACUUUCAGAAGGAAGUUCGACAAAGAAGAAUAUUUGCAACGCGCUCGUGAACGUGAAGAGAAGGAGUUGGAAGGCCGUUCCAAAUCAAAAGGUCCGCCAGUGCAAAGGAAACCUUUGAAGCAUAGAGAUUAUGAAGUGGAUCUCAACUCUCGCUUGGGGAAGACUCAGGUUGUCACUCCAAUUGCACCCCUUAGCCAGCAGGCUGGAUACUUCUGCUCUGUUUGUGAAUGUGUAGUGAAAGAUUCUGCAAACUAUCUGGACCAUAUCAAUGGGAAGAAACAUCAAAGAGCCUUGGGAAUGUCUAUGCGUGUAGAACGUGCAUCUCUUGAACAGGUUCAGCAGCGAUUUGAAAACCUGAAGAAGCGAAAAGAUCCUGGAACCUUCACCGAGCAAGAUCUUGAUGACCGGAUCUUAAAACAACAGCAAGAAGAGGAGGAAAAGAAGCGUCAAAGGCGAGAAAGGAAAAAAGAAAAGAAGAAAGAGAAGGCAGUGGAGGAGGAAAUCGAGGUGGACCCUGAUGUUGCAGCUAUGAUGGGAUUUGGAGGUUUUGGUUCUUCCAAAAAGUAAAACAAGACUGACUUUACUUGUUUAAGCUCUUAAUCACAACUGCAUCAACAAGUUGAUCUGUAAGUUUACAUUGUUAUGCUAAAUCUUGUGCCUUGUACAAACAUGUUUCCCUACAUACGUCUUUGCCAAUAUUCUUCUUCUUCUUCAUUAUUAUUAUUACUAUUAUUUUUAUAAACUUACUAAGCAGCUUCAAAGCGUACAUACUUUAAAAAAACUUAACAUUCACAUUUGAAUAAUGGUUUUGCAAAUUUUGCAUUUUUAGACUUUUACCACAUUUGAAUUUUGAAGUCAAAAUGUGCAGCUAUUAAAAUUAUAUUAUAAUAGUGUUAAUGAUAUAAAAA